AUGGAUGAGAUUUGUGGUGAUCUCGAAGUUCUUCGAGCUCUUGCAGAGAUUGAAUGUAGUGAUUACGAUACAACUGUGUGGUCAUUAAUCGGUAUUCCAAGGAAUAAGGUCAUCACUAUUGGAAGAGCCGCCUCAACCGUGUUGAAGAUCAACCACAUGGCGGUAUCUGGAGUUCACUGCAAAAUAUGGGCAACUCAAUUUGACGACGUUUCGGUACCGUUGAUCUACCUCAAAGACCUCUCUUUAAACGGAACCUAUGUGAAUGACAAGAGAAUCAAAAGGCAUGAAAUAGUUUUGCUAGGCCAUGGGGAUGUUGUUCGAAUUCCCUUUGGAAUUGAGUUGGGGUUCAGGGCGCUAGGGGGAGACUGCGAGAAAGACGUUGCCAGGAAGUUGAAGGAUCUGAACUGCAUCAACGGUGAGUUUUCUGAAUGGAAGAUCGAUGACAGAUUGUUGGGUAGUGGAACAUUUGGCCACGUUUUCGUGUGUAAGAGAAACUGGGAUUCCAAGCUAUGUGCUGUCAAGGUUAUCAAGAAUUACAGUGGCGUUGUUCCUUUUGAAGCCAAAAUUUUGCAACAACUUGAUCACCCUAAUGUCAUUCGAGUGUACCAAGCACAGAUUUCGAAAAACCAUCUUUACAUUUUUGAAGAUUUGAUUUGUGGUGGUGAUCUAUUUUCGUACCUUUCCAAUGGUUCUUCUAUUUCGCCGAUUCCUGAGUUUGAAGCCUUGAUUAUUACAUAUCAGAUCAUGUGUGCGCUUCAAUACCUUCACAGGAACAACAUUGUGCACAGAGACUUAAAACUUGAUAAUAUCCUCUUGGAGUCACCUGAACCAUUUAGCAAAGUCUUGCUCGCCGAUUUUGGCAUUGCUAAAUCAACAAGAGGUCGAAUGUUCACCGUUAUAGGUACACCAGAGUACUGUGCACCUGAGGUUGGAUUUGAAUUCACCAAAUUACCAGAACAACAAAUGAAGUUUAGCAACUACAAGAGGACAGAUGAGCUGACUUUGAAGAAAGGUUAUGAUAGUAAAUGUGAUAUUUGGUCAUUAGGAGUAAUAGUUCAUAUUAUGCUCAGCGGUAUUUCACCUUUUUACGAAAAUGGGGAACAGGAAAAUAUCAUUCGCAGCGCAAAACGAGGAGCUUUAAAGCUUCAGAUGAAGGAGUGGCAGAACGUGUCUCAGGAAGCCAAGAGUUUUGUUCAAAGCCUUUUGCACGUUGAUACCAAAAAGCGCUUUGAUAUCCAGCAAUGUUUCAAGCAUGAGUGGAUCAGGAAACACGAGGUUGUCCUAAAGGAUAUUGUUCAGAAGAUAACAGGCUGA